CCAGCUUCGCGGUGGCCGCCGUGUAUCUGCUUAGCUGAAGACAAGAAACGAAAACGAUGUCAUCUCGGAAUCCCUGCGAGGAUUCUCGUUCGCAUCCAGCAGAAAGGGUCCUCGCCCCACCAGAAACAAGAACAUCUUCUCCUGCUUCUGAGAUCAUUAGGUCGAAAAGCCGCGCUGCGGUAGUUAGCACAGCUGCGGAUGAAGCUCCUGUCGGGGCCCGCCCCGCUGGCGCGACAGCACCACCAGCGGAUGUUGAUCGUUCCUCUUUCUUGACGAAGCAAUGGGAGUUUCUUUCCCAGAUUUGCUCCUCGGCUCGAAACAGCCGGGCCCGCCUGCUGCCCCCGAUGCUGGCCAUUUGGGUGGCUUCCUUCGGCGGGGCACUGCAUGAGCCGGUCACGACGUUUUUCCUCCUCCAGCUGAAGGCCACGAUGCACGAACUGGGGAAUUUCGGCGCUAUCACGACCGUGGGCGGGUUAUUUGUCACCCCGAUCUACGGGUACUUCUUGGACAAGAACUCGGCCUACCUCCCCUGCGUUAUCUCCGCGGGCUGCUGCGCCUUUGGCUGCCUGCUGCGUGGAUUCGCGCCAGUACGGAUGGAGGAGGAUUUAUUCGCGCCGUCACAUCAGCUCCACACUACAACUGCUGGAAACGUGAUUUUAAGUGACACAGGCACGACUUCUGGAUCGUCAGUUGUGCAACGGCCACUAGCUCAACGCGGAGAUGUGGACCGCAGCAUGGAUCUUCAUACCGGCUCGGCUUCCGCCCUCGCCGCGCACAAUGACGAGAUGCUUUUGCGAAGGAGGUUUCUGCAUCAAACACACGACUACAGUACCGGUGCCGAGACGUCCAUCACCUCCUCUAGUCAUUUCUGGCUCUACCUGGCGCACGUUAUUAUGGGUCUUGGUGCAGUGAAUUUUUGGACAGUCGUGCAGUCCUAUGUCACGCUGGCCAGUGAGAAAAAAGAUGUGGCGGUCAGCGGUUUCACAGUACAGGUGGCCACGUUGCGGCUUUUGGGAACCAGCUGCUACCCGGGUUUCGACUAUUUCCUCCAGUGGGCGCAGCAGCACGGCUUUCUCGUUUCGCAGCACAGUUCUCUUCACAGAGAUGGGGCACCAGUGACGAACCCGCAGUCAACAUCUUCCUCGGAAGAACCAGCAAACCGCUUGCUGCGAGACCGAAUCCACAUGGGCGUGUGCAGUGUGUUCUGCGUGUUCGGGUUUUUCUUCAUGGUCGCACGAUUUCAGCCGGAGGAAGGGGAACGAGGAGAAUGUGAGGACCUCCAAGCGGCGUCGUCCCCCGUUGCGAAGAAAAAUGAAGGCGGGGUGGAUAAUUCAGAUUCAGACUCUUCACACACAUCGGAGCAGAUCGUGGAAGACGAGUUUGUCAUGGUAAAAGGAGAUAAAAGCCUCCUGCACGGGAAGAAGGCGAAGAAAACCACGAUGAAGGGUGGGAAUAAAAGUGACAAAGGUUGUCGCUACGAGCCCGUCGCCUCGCAGGAAUCUUGCACGCCGGAAAAAGCCGUAGUUUUCGGAGCUGCUAGUCGUGGAAAACAAGCCUAUCAAGUAGCAGGGACAAGAACAUCUCGUGCCCGAAUACUUGAAGAAAGUAAAACUACUUUUAAGAAUAAUUCUACGUCGCCACAUGGACAUGAAACGGAGCUGGAUAGUUUUGCUUGCAGAGCUGACCUCGACAAAGCAGCCGACGUUGUGGUAAAAAGCAACGCACUGACAAGGCGUGAGUGCUCCGCGAUUUGCCUCUUACUGCUCGGAAUGGUGGUGCAAGCGUUCGGCGAGACAGUCGCGAAGGUUUUGUGGCCGCUGCACAUCAAGAGCACCUUGAACUGGGACAGUCACGAGCUCGCGUAUCUGCAGCUGGGUGGGCAGGUCGCCGUAAUUUUGGCGACUUUGGUGUACCCCAGCCUAACGCAGCUACUCGGGGAGGCGAGGACCUCGGUUGUUUUGCCGGUCCUGUGCGGCCUCAGCUGCUGUCUCGCGUUUCUGGAAUUCAGUGCACAACUCUCGGUACCGCUUGAUUUUUCAACCACGACACCUGACGUUCACGUCGAACAGGGUACUGGCACCUCUGCGGUAUUUUUGUCGUGGUCCACCAGGGUGUCUACCUUCGGCGCUUUUCACACGGCUUUCAUCCUUCUCUUCCUGGCGAACGGCGCUCUGCUGAAGGUUUGUUUCCAGCAUUUGAGCACUGUUUACUGCCCGCAGCAGUACCAGGGAAGGCUGUUCUCCCUGCUGGCGGUCAUGGCCAGCAUUGGGGGCAUUUUGGGGAACCUGUUCGGGACGCGCUUUGCGGAGCGCAAAUACACCUUGGCCGACCUUUUAGUACCCUUUGACAACGUCGACCACACAGCCGGUGCGGUAUCGCUGCUGCUGCCCUUCGUUUUGUCGAGCUUUCUGUUCAUCCUGAUCGGCAUCGCAAAUUCCGCUUUGUUGCGGAGGUAGCUGGAUGAACGGACGGAUUGGAUGUGCAAAUUGGGUAGUGGAAACAAGAGAAAAAAAAAGUCAGAUCUUAUAUUUGUGUGAAGAAGAAGAUUUCUUGGCACGGAAACGGAAAGCGAUAUUAGACUCACUUGACUUUGUAAGUGGUAUUCCAGCGACCGUGUGGCGCAUAAAUGUUCCUGUUGACUACAACUAAAGAAUCAUCAUCAUGAAUCUAUCAUGCCGCGAGUGCGCGUGCGCCAAAUAUUUGAUACUGCGAGUGGCUGCAUGUGCACGUUAAUCUAGAUGGUAUUCCGAGAAUAUUUUCCGUCUAAGUAUCUUCUCGAUUCUUGAGAUCGUUGAUCAUUGGUUUUGGUAUUGAGUUCAUCUGAAGUCGAGGAAAUGAACUUAAGCCUGCUGUGGUGGUGGCCACGGCCUACGACAAACCUGCCAAGACCCAAAGACCAGAAGUGCAUUGCUACGGACCCAAAAUGAAAAUUCCGAGAAUGAAAAACGCAGCAGCUAGCUGCGCCGAUUAUCACGUUUCGGCCAGACAUGAAAUACAAAGUUUCGUCGGGUGUGGGUGAAGAGAACCUACCAGGUGGUCAACCCGCGUUGGAGGACGUUACUUCUUUUGGAAAAACUACAGAAACAGAACAGUGUCCAGUGUGCCUACUUCGGCAUGAGCCGUCGUGCAUACAGUUCGGGAGAAAUCUGAAUCUUUCGAUGAGCCUUUUUCUUGCGU